UCCUACUUCAAUCUAUAAAACCCUCAUGUUUUCUUCUUCACAGCAACAUGGAUCUGAAAUAUUGCAGCAGGUAGCGUAUACGCCGUCUUCUCACAUACAGGAGGAGGCACUCUUCACCAUGGGAGAAGCGCAGGAAGUGCAGCUCCAUGUCAGAGAGGCGGGAUCGGGAUCGGGAUCCCCAAAGACAGCUACUUUCAGCCAAACUCCGCCUUCCUCUUCAAAGCUCAAAAGCUGGCGAUGGUGGCUCAUGAUCUCCCUCCUCACCCUCUUCAUCCUCGUCGGCCAGACAGCCGCAACCCUCCUCGGCCGCUUCUACUACAAAUAUGGCGGUAAAAGCAUAUGGAUGGCCACCAUCGUCCAAUCUGCCGGUGCUCCCCUCCUCUUACCCUUCAUCCUCUUAUACCCCAUCAUCUCUUCAUCCUCUUCCACCCCGGCGACAACAACCGCCGUUAAGAUCUCCGCGGUCUACAUCGGCAUCGGCCUCCUUAUUGCCGGAGACAACCUUAUGUACUCCUACGGUCUCCUCUACCUUCCCGUCUCUACCUACUCCCUUCUCUGCGCCACACAACUAGCCUUCAACGCCCUCUUCGCCUACUUCCUAAACUCCCAAAAGUUCACUCCUUUCAUCUUCAACUCCAUCCUCCUCCUCACGCUAUCCGCUGCCCUCCUCGGCGUGCGCUCGGAAGGCAGCUCUGUUUCAAGCAACAAGUACCCACUAGGUUUUGCCCUAACCAUAGGUGCAUCGGCGACAUUCUCGCUUAUUAUGUCUCUGAUGCAAUUUUCCUUCCAGAAGGUUUUGAAAUCGGAGACAUUUCUGGUUGUGAUCCAGAUGAUUCUAUGGACUAAUUUCUUGGCCUCGACGGCAUCCGUGGCAGGGCUUUUUGUCAGCGGAGAGUGGAAGGGAAUUCAUUCGGAGUUUGUGGAGUUUGAGAAAGGUGAGGUUUCUUAUAUUAUGGCUUUGGUUUGGAUUGCGAUAAGCUGGUUGCUGUUUUCUGUGGGGACUGUUGGAUUAAUCUUUGUGGUUUCUUCUCUCUUCUCCAAUGUGAUUGCUACAUUGGCAUUGCCUUUGGUGCCUAUGUUUGCCGUGGUGUUUUUCCAUGAUAAGAUGGAUGGGGUAAAAGUGGUGGCUUUGCUGAUUGCUAUUUUGGGGUUUGCUAACUACUUGUAUCAGCAUUAUCUUGAUGAUUCAAAGGAGAAGAGUAGGAGGAAAGAUGAUGAUUUGUAAGAGAGGUAUUGAUUUGUACUUAUAUUUUUUUACUUAUAUUGUAUGGUUUGGGGCUGUUUUAGUGUAUAUUAGUCCCAUUGAUUACUGAAAGAACGAAUUUUAGGAUGCUUUAGUUCACUUUAUGUUACUGAUUUGUGUAUGCUGAACUAAAUGGAAGCAAUAUGUUUGGUUUAUGAAUCAUGUACAUUAUGAUGUAAUAAAAAGUUAAUCUUAGGUGCACAAAUGUUGUUUU